UCUCCAUGGAGACGCUGUGAGCUGGGUGACGUCAUGAGGGGGCGGCUCCCCGCGGCGUGGGCGUCCCGCGGGUGUAAUGUGAGCGGGGGGAGGAGAAGAGAAGGAGGCGAGCCCGGGGCCCCGAGCUGGAGGAGGAGAAGCAGCACAGACCGGAGCCAGGCACCGAGGGGAGAGCAGCGCUAGUGGGACACAGCCAUGAAAACCCCGGCAGAGCCAGAGAAAAAGGAAAUUUGGAUAAAAUGGAUUCUAUGGGAGACGGCCUUUCUGUAAUUUGGAUCUUUCUGGACAACUGGUUUCCGGAUAACAUAUCCCAUACCUGUGUUCAUUUUCCGUACCUUACGUCUUACAUACACAGGGUUUGCCUUUCCCGAUUGGGCCUAUAAACCAGAGUCAAGCCCGGGCUCGAGACAGAUUCAACUGUGGCAUUUCAUUCUGGAGUUGCUACGGAAAGAGGAGUAUCACGAUGUCAUUGCCUGGCAGGGAGACUAUGGAGAGUUUGUCAUCAAAGACCCGGACGAAGUGGCGCGUCUGUGGGGCGUUCGGAAAUGCAAACCGCAGAUGAAUUAUGAUAAACUGAGCCGGGCACUCAGGUAUUAUUAUAACAAGAGGAUUCUCCAUAAAACCAAAGGCAAACGCUUUACCUACAAAUUCAACUUUAACAAACUGGUGCUAGUGAAUUACCCAUUCAUCGACAUGGGCUUGACAGGAGGGCCGGUCCCUCAGAGUGCCCCACCAGUUCCUUCAGGAGGUACACACUUCCGUUUCCCUCCAUGCACCCCAUCAGAUGUCUUAUCUCCCACUGAAGAUCUGCGGUCACCCACCCUUUUUUCUUCUGUGGCACGGCGCUUGGCACGAGGUUCAGUCAGCGACUGCAGUGAUGGCACCUCCGCUAACUCUGAAGUGGAGGAAAGUAUAAGUGAAGAGCAGCACCGCAGAGGCCCAGGGCCUGACAUUCCUGCAUUUAGGGGCCCUCACCUUCCACGGAUUACCCCUGACGGCAUGUUCAGGGUCUACCCUCGUCCACGGGUGCCAGAGCCUCUCAGCCCAUUCCCAGUGUCGCCCAUGGGUGCACCAGCAGGCCUUCUCCCUCCACAGCUCUCACCUGCCCUGUCCAUGACUCCCAACCACAUGAACUACACCCCGUCACCCACACUAAGCCCCAUGUACCCAGGGGGUAGUCACUUUUCUUUUAAUCCUGAAGACAUGAAGCGCUACCUGCAGGCACACACACAGAGUGUCUAUAAUUACCACCUCAGCCCAAGGGCAUUCCUGCACUACCCAAGCAUUGUGGUUCCUCAGCCUCACCGCCCGGAAAAGCUGCUGCAUCUGCCUCCUGAGGAACCACCCUUUAAGUUUAAACUGCAACCCCCUCCAAUGGGCAAGAAGCAGAAGGAGCAACCUUUAGAAGCUGGAUCAUCUACAUCCUCCUCUUUAGGGGUCCCACAGAUAAAGGUGGAACCAAUUUCUGACACGGAAGAGGACGAAGAAGAGCUUAUGGUGGAAGUUACUGACAUAAGUGAGGAAGAAGAAGAGGAUGAGGAAGUAUUCAAAGCUCCCUGUGCUCCAGAGCAGAAAGCUCCGCCUCCUGCCCCUUUUUGGAGGGAAGAGGAGCCGGUUAGUGCUGGGGGAGAGAGUGGCCGAUGUAUCCCACUCAAAUUGCGAUUCAAGCGGCGUUGGAGCGAGGACCAGCGUCUGGAAGCAGAGGGAGUAGGCGGAGAAGAGUCUGAUAAAAAAGUACGGGGUAACCAGGAGGAGCUCAUUUUCCCCCCACAGCCUGCUGGUGCUCCUUGUAGGAGGGUGAGUACCGACCUGCAGCGUGCCACAGAGGAACUCUCCCUGGAAAACCGCGAUUCCUAAUUGAGAGCAAGCAAAGACUUGAAGCACCGUAUGGGCUGAGAAACGGGAAAAAAAAAAAAAAAAAACCUCUCUGAUUAAUUGUUGCCAGAGAUUUGCUUGUGUCUUUGUGGACCCUUCUUAAACCAAACACAUACAAAUUUUAAAUCUGAAAUUCUUGAUUUUUAUAAUUGUUACAUUUUUUUUUUAAUUUUAUUUUUGACAUGAAAAGAUGGUGAGUACAGACCAGAUAAAUUUCCCGGGUUUUGCGAAAGACUUUUUUUUUUUUUUCUUUCUUUCAUUAAACCAAACUUGCUGAGUGGCCACCCUUAAACCGAUUCUAAGUAAAUAUGUAAAUAUUGCCUCUCCCAGGAAUAGAUAACCGCUCAGAGCCUCCAAAUCUUCAUUGCAGUUGUCUCUAGAGAACAGCAAGGAAAUCCCAAAGGAAGCUGUAAACCCAUAUUUGUAAACCCUCACUGCCCUUUCGCCCUGGGCUCUGCUUUUGCCAGCGUAAGACUGGUGCUUACUCAGGUUUAUUGGGGUGCAACACCCCUUGUUUCACCCUGGGCAUACUUCCUGACUCCUGUGCAUCAGCUUAUUUUAGGGGUUUGCUGCCAUAGGGCCUUCAGUCGUUAAAACUUUGAAUCCGAAACAACCAAUGAUCUUGUGUUUCCCUUUUGCUGCGUUACAAAAUAGCGGCUUUCUCUGCGUUUUAUAGACUGUUUUAUACUAUGUUCUGCACCCCCUUUCCUCUUACUUACAAAAGGCUGGAUUUUGGCAAUCUCUCUCUCUCUUGGUUCGUUUAAUGUUUCUUAUUUUUGGGGGAUGGAAAUGAGGAUUUUUUUUUUUUUUUUUAAAAAAUGAGAUUUUAAUGUAUAGAGGUUUAAAGUAUUAAUGAUUGGGAAAAAAAAGAAUGCAUAUAGUUAUACAGAAUUUUAUCCCUGUUGGUUAUUUUACAGCUCUAGAAGCACAGAAAAUAUAAAUUUACAGGUUUUCUACCAAACAACCCCUUUUCCAGGUUUCUCCAUUCUUUCUCAUAAUUCCAGGGAAUCUGUUAUGCAGGACAUAUAAUACUGAGGGAGAAAUGUUUUCCUUGUUAUAAGACUUUGAUAUUUUUCCCCCAUACCCGAUACAUAAAAACAUGGCUGGUUUGUGGCCCAGUAAUGUAACUCCUGUAGUGUUUGUAAGUCACAAACCGACAUACACUAAUGUGCCUUACUAAAAGGAUCCUUCAGGCUGCAUCACUGAAAGUCUUAAAGAUACAGUACCAUCCCCAUCUGCCUCGGUAGGAAGGUAGACACCAUCGUUCAUGCGUGUGAGCGGCUGUUUAUAUAAAGGGCAGUGAGAUGAGUUUAACCCUGUGCAUUUUAUACCCAUGAAAGGAGUGGUGUUGAGCAUUGGGUAGUUCAGCUGUUCCCCACUGUGUGCAGAUCAUUUGCUGACAGAAAACUGCAGAAUUUGCAGAAAAUGUGUCUAUGGCGUUAUUUUUCUUCAGUCAAUCGCAGAACAGAGCAGUCUCCUUUUGGCCACCAGAUGGGACUGUUGUGUUGAGGUCUAUUGGGGUUUCCUUACAAACACUGUAAUUAAAGGAGAACCAUCGCGAAAAUGUAAUAUAAGCUUCAGCAAACUGAAAUAAGACACUUUCUAAAUACAAUCAAUGAUAUAUUCUGUACUCUUUCUGAAAAAAUCAAGUUUAUUUUCACUA